AUGCUGUUCGAACACGUCGCAACCGAGCUCGUCACCCAGGUGUACCUAUCCUGUACCUCUGUAUCCGACGUCCUCGCUCUGGCAUCCACCUGUCACCGUUUCCGUGAUAUUUACACCUCAUCUCAGAAACUCUACAUCCUCGAAACCGCCGCCGAAGCUCAGUUUGGGCCCCUGGAGGACCUCACUCAGCUAUUGACCCACAACGCGAGCCAGCCCGCUCACAUCAUCCGAUCUGUGCCAUUCUCGAUCGCUCUGCUCCAGCAAAUCGUACAAGCCGGUCGCAUCGCCGAGAAAUGGUGCGAUAUAUACCCGUUCAAGAAGUGGAAGUACAACUUCGAGCUUCGGCGGCUCCUGACGACCGAGGAGCGACGUCGCCUGCGUCGGGCCGUGUACCGUUUAUGGCUAUAUUCACGCGCGUUCCAUAAUCGCGAACAUCCGCGCGAGUUUCGCUCUAUGAAGCUCGUUAUCCAAAAGCGUGCCGGGUUGCUGCACAAUUGGUCUACGCUGGAGCUGGCUGAGGUCGCAGAUGUGCACAAUGUGAUGAGAGAGGUCGUACACAGUAACAUCUGCCCCUCAAAUGGUACCAUUGCUCGCAAGUUCAAGAAGCGAUACCCUGACAACGACCAUCACUUGCUCUUCAACAUCCAUCUCAAUUAUCCACCGCCAUCACAUGCACCGCCCGCCUACAAUCCCUUCACAUCACAGUACACCAACACACUCUCAUCUCACUUCAACAGCACGUCAACCUACAAUUCGCGCCACACUGCGUCAAAGUACAGCCUCCACCCAAACCACGAGGUUGGCGCCGAAGGUUGGGGUGACGACAUCCCACACUACUAUGUGGUUGAGGACAUGUUGAAGCUGGAUCCGGAACAACUAAUGUGGCUGAAGGAGAAUGCACCUCUGAAGGGCAUGGUGGAGGGCUACGUUCGCGAAUUGGGGGGGCUGGUUUGA